AUAAUAGAAUUGCAAAAACGUUUCGACGUUGCAAGAUCUGAAGUAAAACAGUUGCCAGGUAUAGACUACAAUAAAGAAGAGCAGCUUCAACGUUUAGAACUUCUCCGAAACCAGUUAAAGCUUAAACAACAACUUAUCCGUAAAUAUAAAGAUAUUCAGCUUUAAAAAAAGUACGACACGUAAUCCACAAUGGUAUUUCGAUUCUUGCUACGUUAUUUGGCUAAUAAUGAACAGUUAAUUCAGCGCAUGGCUGAGAGUUAUCCAAUGCGUCGUGCUGCUCAAAUGGUUGUAUCCAUCAUGUAUCGUACUAAGAAUAUGGUUGAGGAGCGUAGAAUUCAUGACAUGACUCCGGAGCGUUUCAAGUCAUUCAUGGCAAUUUUUAAAACCAAUCUUAAGAAAGAAAUUGAAGGUGUGAAGGAUGAAAUCAAAAAGAAACCGUUUUAGAAAAUCUAUAUAGGUGCACGUAACUGGUCUUAGUCUAACUGAAUAUAUUGAAACGAGUAAUUCAGACAUUUGGAUAACGCAUAAAUUUAAAAAAAUGUGAAACAGUCCAAUUUAAUAAAUAUGUAUGUACGAGGUGUGUUGAAUGUAAAAA